AUGGGGGUCGGUAACGGCAAGGGGCAGGGCAACGGGCAGGGGCAGGGGCAGGGUAAGGGAAAGGGGAAUGGCGGAACCAAGGGGAAGGGCAAGGGCAAGGGGAAUGGCGGAGGUAAGGGGAAGGGGAAGGGGAACGGGCAGGGGAACGGGCAGGGGAACGGGCAGGGGAACAGUACAGACAGUGGUAGCCCCGCAGGCGUGGCAACAACUGCCAGCUCGCGAGUGAUGGGGAUGAUGGGGGUAGGCAACGGCAAGGGGCAGGGCAAUGGGCAGGGGCAGGGGAAUGGGCAGGGGCGGGGCAACGGGCAGGGACAGGGCAAUGGGAAGGGGAAUGGGAGGGGGCUUGGGUGGGGUAAGCGCGGGAAGAGUGCGGGUGGCGUGUUGGCGCAGCUGAGGGGCAGCAGUGUGGCGGCUGAUGCGCUGACAGCCCCUGGCGAUGCCAACGCCACUGGCGUCCUCGAAAUCACCCUCCUCCCGAACGGCACGGACUACGACGUGGCCUUCACGGCGCGCAUCUCCCUCUCGACUGACGCCGCCCCCACGGCGCUCACUCUCAACAGCGGCAGCGCUGCCACCACUGGCCUGACUCUGCUGGACUUUUCCACGGCCACGGGUGCGGACGGCGCGUCCCCCCCUGCGUGGACCAGCGCUGCCCCGGCCUCCCCUGGCAGCGGCCCCAUGGGGCGUGCGUGGGGCCGCCUGCAGCGCGCAGUGGGGCGCUCUGCGCGCACGGCAGGGCUGCACACCUUCACUCUCACGGGCGUGUGGCGCGCCGCGGCCACCGUGGCUGCCGCUGACGGCGUGCAGACGGUGAAGGACGUGGCGCUGGCGGUUGUGGCACAGCCCCCCACCUUCUUUGCUCUCGUCGCUUCCCCCGGGUUUGAGGCGGGUUCUGCUAGGGGGCAGUUCCAGAAGGCGCCCAAAGGAUGGGCAUUCGGCCUCAGGAACUAA